AAUCAUAUGUUUCUCACCUCUUUAUUCUUCUCUUAUUUUAAACCAUAGAUAUACAACAGUUUUCGUAAAAGAUUUUCAAAAGUUAACAUGCCAAUUUAUUCUUGAAAGAUUACACAAACUUUACCGGAAACAAACCACACAACAUCCCCCAUCGUUCGAGCUGUAAUAUGUUAAACCACAUCGAUUUUACGAAUAAAUACGCCACAGCUUUGGAGGAGAUAGGAUAUGAGGUAGAUAAGAGAAUCUCGCAGAACGCUGCCGAGUACAGAAAACGAGGAAAGGAGGAUUACCUGCUCAACAUGUUCAGAAAGAAGAUGGCAAAGAAAAUUAGCUCUCGGAAGAAGUGGAAGCAGCACGCGAUGGACAUACAGAUUGCCAACCACGCGAUGCGCAUCAACCCGACCUCCUUCAGCGAGCGACCCGACACUUCUGAAGAUCGUUCGAGGAAGCCUAGCGUGCAGAAGAAGGUGCAGAAGAAGGGAAAGGCCACUGCCCAAAAGACGAGUAUGAAGAAGAAGAAAAAAAGCAGACUAUUUUCCCGUGUUCCAACCGACCCAAUCGUUUUGGAAAACGACUUCUUUCGAAACGUACGCAACUCUCUUGAGUAUUUUGCAAGGAAAAAGAAAGAAUUUCUUCUCAGCGUUUUGACUCUCUACAAGGAAAUGGAAGCUUUGGACCUGAGUGACUUAAAAUCGCUUUUGGAGAUGAAGUUUAUUGAAGUUACUUUCAAAAAUUCUCUGCCCGAAGAAGAAAACGAGAUAAAGUUUUCAGCGUUGAGAACUCAAGCCAAUAACGAAUCAGGAGACAAGGUGGAUAAUAAGCAGUUAGAGCAAGAAGAACCGAAGACAGCGUCUUUGACCCUGCCGAGAAGCAAGGACUCGGCCAGUUCUGUGUCUUCCAACAAUUCCGAAAAGUCGAAUAGGGUUUUCGAAGAGCCGGGUGAGAGCAGGGAGACCAAGGACGGCCAAGACCCUGGUGAAGUCAGCCAAGUGAGUUUCUACACGUACAACUACCCAGAAAAUACCAACGUGCCACCGAAUUCUGCGAUGACGGUGACUCCUCUUCGCUCGGAAACCUCACACCUUUCCAACUUGGACUCCGAGACGGAAAAACGCAUCGAUCAAGCACUUUCCUCUCUUAUCGCUAAGAAGACAGAGAUCGUCAAAAUGAAAUCCAAGUUCAACAUGUCAGAAGGCGUUCUCAAAAACGCCAAUCACGCAAAUUCAGCAGGCAACACGAAGAUUCCGGAUGUUGUGUUCAAAGUCGGAUCUCGGACGACCGUCUAUAGCGCAGCCCCUUCUAUCUUCAAAAGGGGCCGGAAGAAAACUUUCGGUUAAAGGAAGAUUUAGAAGAAUCGUAUCGUGUUUCGUACUUUAACAUUAAACAUGUCCGUUAAAAUCGAUUUUA